GACCACACAGCCGGGGCGGUGCAGAGGUGCUUUCUCCUCGGGAGGAAAAGGCCUGGCUGCUUCCUGAAGCUGCUCUGGGCCAGGGAAAGCAGCAUGGAAGAAGGAGUGAUCUAUCCUCUCUCGGACUCCCCCCCUGUGAAGAUGUCCCAGUCACCCCCAGCUGAUGAAGGCCCCACGUUCGAGCACCUCUGGAGCACGCUGGAACCAGACAGCACCUACUUCGACCUCCCUCCAGCCAACCCCAGCGGCAGCAAUGAGGUCUCCGACCGCACCGAGGUCACGAUGGACGUGUUCCAGAUGAGAGGCAUGACUGACUCGGUGAUGUCCCAGUUCAAUUUGCUGAACAACAGCAUGGAUCAGAGCAUCGGCAGCAGAGCAGCCUCCACCAGCCCCUACAGCUCCGAGCACACCUCCAAUGUCCCAACGCACUCGCCCUACUCGCAGCCCAGCUCUACCUUCGACACCAUGUCCCCGGCCCCCGUCAUCCCCUCCAACACCGACUACCCUGGUCCCCACCACUUCGAGGUGACCUUCCAGCAGUCCAGCACCGCCAAGUCAGCCACCUGGACAUACUCCCCACUGCUGAAGAAGCUCUACUGUCAGAUUGCCAAGACAUGCCCCAUCCAGAUCAAGGUGUCCACCUCACCGCCCCCGGGCACCAUCAUCCGGGCCAUGCCCGUCUACAAGAAGGCCGAGCACGUCACCGAGGUGGUGAAACGCUGCCCCAACCACGAGCUCGGCCGCGACUUCAAUGACGGCCAGUCAGCCCCUGCCAGCCACCUCAUCCGAGUGGAAGGCAACAACCUGUCCCAGUACGUGGAUGACCCGGUGACGGGGCGGCAGAGCGUGAUGGUGCCCUACGAGCCCCCGCAGGUGGGGACCGAGUUCACCACCAUCCUGUACAACUUCAUGUGCAACAGCAGCUGCGUGGGAGGGAUGAACAGGAGGCCCAUCCUCAUCAUCAUCACCCUGGAGACGAGAGACGGCCAGGUCCUGGGCAGGAGAUCCUUCGAGGGCCGGAUCUGUGCCUGUCCUGGCAGGGACCGCAAAGCCGACGAGGAUCAUUUCCGAGAGCAGCAAGCCCUGAACGAGAGCACGGCCAAGAACGGCAACGCCAACAAGCGCACCUUCAAGCAGAGCCCACAGGGCAUCCCAGCGCUGGGCACUGGCAUUAAGAAACGGAGGCACGGGGAGGAGGAGAUGUACUACGUGCCUGUGCAAGGCCGGGAGAACUUUGAGAUCCUGAUGAAGAUAAAGGAGAGCCUGGAGCUGGUGGAGCUGGUCCCACAGCAGCUGGUGGAUUCCUACCGGCAGCAGCAGCAGCAGCUCCUGCAGAGGCAGAGCCAGCUGCAGACAGCUUCCUCCUACGGCCCUGUCCUUUCCCCCAUGAAUAAAGUCCACGGAGGAGGAAUCAACAAGCUGCCCUCUGUGAACCAGCUGGUGGGGCAGCCUGCCCAACACGGCUCCAGUUCUGCACCCAGCCUGGGCCCCAUGGGACCUGGAAUGCUGAACAGUCACCCCAUGCAGACCAAUGGAGAAAUGAAUGGGGGCCACUCAUCCCAGUCCAUGGUGUCCGGGUCACACUGCACCCCCCCGCCACCCUACAACGCCGACCCCAGCCUCGUCAGUUUUUUAACAGGAUUGGGGUGUCCAAACUGCAUCGACUAUUUCACCUCACAAGGGUUACAGAAUAUUUACCACCUGCAGAACCUAUCCAUAGAGGACCUCGCAGCACUGAAGAUCCCGGAGCAGUACCGGAUGCUCAUCUGGCGGGGCCUGCAGGAGCUCAAGCAGAGCCACGACUACGGGGCCCAGCAGCUGAUCCGCUCCAGCAGCAACGCCUCCACCAUCUCCAUCGGCAGCUCGGGCGAGCUGCAGCGGCAGCGGGUGAUGGAGGCCGUGCACUUCCGCGUGCGCCACACCAUCACCAUCCCCAACCGCGGCGCUGCCGACGACUGGGCCGACUUCGGCUUCGACCUCCCGGACUGCAAAUCCCGCAAACAGUCCAUAAAGGAGGAGUUCACGGAGGGAGAGAUCAACUGAGGGGCUCCAGAGGCGGCAGCGAGACACCGGCGGGGUGACAAACCCCCCAUCCUCAAAAUGUAUUUGCGGCCUUGGGCGCCUGGAGAAGUUUAAUUUUGUUAUCCAGGGGAACUGCAGGCCCUGAGCCAGGCAGGAGGUGCCUGCCUGGGGAGGAAACUGGAAGUAAGGAGUAGGAGGAAGGAAAGGAGGAGGGCAGCCGAGCCAGCUCAGCAGCCAGAGCGGGAUUUCUGCCUGCCCGUGGCACAGGAGGCACUGUGUAAUUUGUGUUUCCCUGCAUCCAGCGGUGUAAGGACAGCACAUUUUUCUCACCCCUGCUCACCGUCCGUGUUCUCCGUGGUGUCCCAAACUGAGAGGGCUUUGUCACUGCAACAGACUCAGCCCUGAGUUGUGCAGGCAUUGCCAGAGACUAGUGUGAAGCCACGUCCUGCUUUUCCAUGGACUGCCAAGCGUACCCCUUCCCUCAGCCCUCUGUAGAGCCAGAAAGAUCCUGUUUGUCCAUUACCAAUGUGUUCUUGUACUUAAAGGUUGGUGUAUAUAAACAGAAUGUACAUACAGUAAACUCAUUGUGCUGUAAGGAGAAAGAUUUAUUUUCGUGUAAGCUAUAAAAAUUGAUACUGACUCCUGAGACACCGCAGUGUCAAGUAAAUUAAUUCCAUGUUGUAGCAUGUAAACAUGCAGAGAAUCCUGUCUCCAGCCUUAUCUAUUCAAAACUCAGUUUUUUCCCUCCUCUGAACCUCUUGCAUGCAGUUGUGGAGGAAGGAGUUACUGUCCUGGGAAGUCAGAGGUCUGGAUAAUCCUUCCCUGCUCCCUUGGGGAGUUCUGUUGACAGGUCAGACCUGACAAGCUGGGAUGUCAUGGUGUAAAUCCAUCUUUUUGGAGCAUGGCAUGGACUGGCUGCCCAAUUGUCUUCUGUUCCUUAUCAUUUUCUCCAGCUGAAAUUUCUCUGAUGAUUCAGACAGGGAAAAAAGCCCUCACAGAAAGCAAGGACGCAAACAGGUGUGUUCCCUCCCUGAAUGUUCAUUCCCUACACAUUUGGGAAGGCAAUGUCCCACAACAGUUCUUGGAAAGGCACUGGAAGUCACAGAAGUUGUCGCUGUGGGAGGGAGGGCAGGGAGCUUCUGCCUCUGCCCCCUCAGCCCUGGGUCACUCAAGAUUUUGGGCAGCCUGAGAGAAGCUGCACAGAGAUGAUGCUGCCCAGCACAUUCCCACUGCUGCACUCUCCCUCUGGAAGCCUCCAAAGGCAGCCCUUCACCUGCUUCCCAUCACCCCCAGGCUGGGGGAGGAACUGGAUACCCUUCCUAAAGCCCUGGAGCCCCUAAGCAAGAGCAGAAGAAGAGCUCGAGUCCCACCAGGCUUCACAUGAGAUGUGACUGCUCCUCCAGGCAGGCAGUGGCUGCUCCCUGUCCAAGGGGGACAGGAGUGUGACCUCUGGAUGUGCUGCACCCACAGCCCUGGGCCCGGGAUGCUCCUCCAAGGCCCUGGUGGGUGUCCCACAGCAGCUCUGAGCCUUCAGCACACAGAGGUUGCCUCUUGUCCCUCCUCUCCCUCGGGUGAGCUGCAGUCACCAUUCCUGAGGCCAUCCCACCUCUCACACCACAGGGACUGGGAACCUUUGGGGUUGGGAACUCCCCCGGCAUGGCUGACAGUGAAUCUGUGUCCCCAGGAAAUGGCUCAGUAAAGCACUUUAAUGCUUUAAAGCUUUCGCAACAACCACUCACAUUUCCAGCGUUCCCGGGGCUGUUCCCGGCAGUAUUAAUGGAUCACUCCGUGGUAGGAAUUGUAUUUUUUGUAAUGUUAUCUUUGGAAAAUGUGUUAUUUUUAUAGCCGUGGUUUCUCUUUUAUUUUAUUUUGGGUUGUUUUUUUGUUGUUGAAUUUUUUUGGUUUUUGGUUUGUUUUUGGUUUUUUAUUUUGUAACACAAUAAAAGCACAUGUGAGAA